GUGCUCGCUCAUUUCAUAGGCGUUCGUAUCGGGUUCAGAGCACUCUACAUUUGAGCUUUUUUUUGGAUGAGCUCGUUUGCCUUUCUUCUUCUGUAGGUGUGUGUCCCGUAGUGUCCCGUAGUUACCUGGCCUAUGCCUUGUUCUUGUAGCUGAGCCAUUACUCAGGUCUUGCUGUGUUUCUGCUGGUCUCCGCAUUGGUGGCUUGCUACUCGACGGACACUUGGCCGGUGUUCCGCCACCGGAAUAAAACGUAACCAGUGCUCUUGCAGCUCAGUUCAGUUGGAAACUCGCUAUUUCUUCAUUCUGGUACUAAGAAGAACGUGCCCGACCGACGAGUAUCGUCUUCGAACGCCAUUCUGAGGGGUAAAGUGGGAGAAGCAAGCCUGGGUAGCUUUCCAACCCCUAGAUUUGAGUACUAGUAUUUGAAGGCCCAACGGUCGGCAGUGGAAUGGGCAGUUUGCUUGCAAUUUUGUCCGACAAGUCCCAUCGGCCGAAGCCUGACUUCUACUUGGAUUUUGAAGUCGCAAGGCCGACAGACAAUGAAAAGGACGUUUACGCUGAAGUGGAAGCAGUUCUUGAGUCGGCCAAGUCUAUUCUAGAAGAACUACGGUCGUAUGAAGGUGCUAGUGAUGAUAUUCGACAGGCCAUCUCAAAUCCUAGUGAUGAUGCACUACAGCAGAAGGCAUGGGAUGCUGUCUCUCCUUCCGUGCUAAAGCUUAAGAACUAUUUUGACUAUUCUUCAUCUAUAGAAGCUAUUGUUCCAAAGGUGCUAGGCUUUCUGACGAACAGCUCUGAAUCGGUACUGCGUCGCUUAGAGGAGCAUCAGGCAAUUGCCAAGCAGCUCGCACAUAUUUUACAAUUUACACUGAGCUUUGACGACAUGAAGAUGACUAACCCAGCCAUUCAGAAUGAUUUCAGCUACUACCGGAGAACGCAAAGUCGAAUGAGAAUGAAACACGCUCAGUCUGGCCCCACGGAGGGUCAGAGUGGUGAGGUUGUGAGCAAUGAGAUGGCUAAUCGCAUGUCUCUGUUCUACGCCAACCCCACGCCGAUGCUGAAGACGGUCAGCGACAGUACCAGCAAAUUCGUUGAGGAGAAUAAGGAUAUCCCCAUCGAGAACACAGCAGAAGUGCUAAGCACCCUGGCAGAGUUAUGUCGGAUCAUGGUCGAAACACAAGCAUACCGAGAGCGGUUCCAAAGUGCAGACACCGUAUUAUUCUGUCUACAAGUCAUGGUCGGAAAUAUUAUCCUCUACGACCACACACAGCCAGCGGGUGCCUUCUGCAAGAAGUCCUCCAUUGACGUACGGCAAUGUGUGAAGCUUCUCCGUGACAUGCAAGAAGAGAACCCUGCGCAACAAGGCGCAAUUGAGUCAUUAAUUAAUGCAUUGAAAUACACAACAAAGCACUUGAACGACGAGACCACACCGAAGCAUUUUAAACAACUUCUCGCAUGAGCCUGAAUUUUAUCAUCGGCAUGCGCCCGACAAAAGAGCCUCGUUUUUGACCGACUUCCGCUGCUCUUGUUCCUCCGGUCUCUUAUAAUUAUGUCCUUAUUAUUCCUGCUUUCAUGACUUUACGUUAGGUAUAACCAUCUCUCAUGUGUGUGCCCCAGACUCCGACUAAUGAUUCCAUCUCUCCCUGCUCAUCGUAACCCUGCAUCUUGAAUCCUGCAUUUAGGGUCGGUGCUCAAUGGGAGGGCAUAUCCAUGUGAACUGAAUGAGUGCAUGGAUUAUUAGGACCGUGUGCACCUGCUCGUACGUGUGUUUGUCCGUGUAUUCGUCUGUGUUUGUGUGUGUGUGUGUCGAGGCACUUGCACAUCUUCAUGCUGCUGUCUGUGGUGGUGCUGUUCUGCACACGAACUGCUAUCACACACACACACACACACACACACACACACACACACACACACACACACACACACACACACACACACACACACACACACAGACCAUGACUGGCACUUAUCUGUGUCGUUUCUGGCACCUCUUUUUUUCACUCACUGGAGCACCUAAUAUUUUUUUGGCUCUCUCAUGAGCUCAGCAGACUGCUCCCGAAUUGAAAUUUUGUAUUUUUUGUGCUCAUCUCGUUGCUAACCUCAUAUUUGCAAGAUGUAUCUCUAACAGCAAUCCGGUGGACUGUAGCCCUUAGCUAUUAUGAUCAUUAUGUUGCUCCAUUGUUUCAAUUACCUCCAUGUUUGGCUGUUGUCACUCCUGCUCCGGUGUCUUGCCGCGAGCAGGUGUUUGCCAAUAUGGCAGCACUCUCCGGUCUACUAUGUGGCUGGUUGGGUUGGUUGUUUUCAUUUUUCGUUUCCUAUAUGUGUUGUCCGCUGUGUACAGUCCAGCGUGUUGUUGCUACCACCGUCGUUGUCGUCUGUAUUGUGAUUGUCGCCUCAACAUUGUCAUAGCCAAUGUUGCAUCUUUAAUUUUGUGUACAGCA